UUCAUUCUUCAAUCUGUAUCUACAGAAGUGGGUGGUGGCAGUUGGUUCUCGAGUUGUUGUCUUAUUGAUGAUGACAAGGAACAUGUACGAAAUUAUAUUGUUUGAAAAGAUUCAGAUCCCCUUUAGUCAAAAAAAAAAAAAAAACAAAAAAAAAAAAGAAAGAAGGAAGAACUUGGAUAAUGGCGGAAUAUAGAGAAGCGUUGGUGAAGCAAGAGGAGAGGAUUAGUUAUGAUGAGAACUGCCCAGGUUGCAAGAUUGAAAAGCUUAAGCACUCCAAUCCCGGGAUUCCUUUCAAGCAUUUGUUCUAUGUUUUUGUUGUUUGCCUUUCAGCAGCUUUGCCAAUAUCAUCUCUUUUCCCUUUCCUGUAUUUCAUGAUAAGGGAUUUUCAUAUAGCGAAAACGGAUGAGGAUAUUGGUUACUAUGUUGGUUUUGUGGGAUCUGCAUUUAUGUUCGGGAGAUUUUUUACUUCAGUUCUUUGGGGAAUGAUAGCUGAUCGAUAUGGUCGGAAACCUGUUGUAAUUUUUGGCACAAUUGCAAUGGUGAUUUUCAACACACUUUUUGGGCUUAGUACAAACUUUUGGAUGGCACUCUCUGCAAGGUUUCUUCUUGGAAGUUUGUGUGGUAUACUUGGCCCAAUGAGGGCAUAUGCUUCAGAAAUUUGCCGUAAAGAAUAUCAAUCAUUGGGAAUGUCAAUAACUAGCACGGCAUGGGGACUUGGAUUAGUCAUUGGUCCAGCUCUUGGAGGCUUUCUUGCACAGCCUGCAGAGAAGUUUCCAAAUGUGUUUUCCCAGGAAUCUCUCUUUGGGAGGUUUCCCUACUUUUUACCCUGCUUGGUGAUAUCGAUCUUUGCUCUGGUUGUAACUUUUAUGUGCUUUUGGCUGCCAGAAACACUUCACUUUCAUACUAAGAAGGAUGAAGAGCAUGAAGAAUUUUGCAAUUCAUUCGAGACGAUCACGUAUGAGUCUGAUCGGAAAACAUUUUUGCAAGAUUCUGAGGAAACCUGUCCAAGUUCUCAACAAAGUCUGCUUAAGAACUGGCCCCUAAUGUCAUCUAUUAUAGUAUAUUGUGUUUUCCAGCUUCAUGACAUGGCUUACUCAGAGAUUUUUCCAUUAUGGGCUGUCAGUCCUAGGAGUUAUGGGGGAUUAAGCUACUCAAGUUCAGAUGUUGGUGAAGUUCUUGCAAUUUCAGGAUUUGGCCUGCUGCUCUUUCAGUUACUCGGGUACCCACAGAUGGAGAGGACUUUUGGGCCUGUCAUGUUGUCUCGAAUAGGAGCGGUUGCUACAAUAGCAUUGCUGUCAAGUUAUCCUUUUAUAGCCAUGCUAUCGGGAGUCACCCUCACACUAAUGAUUAAUUGUGCAUCUCUUCUGAAGAACGUGCUAUCGGUUUCCAUAACGACAGGAUUGUUUCUCCUACAAAACAGAGCUGUGAUGCAAAGGCAAAGAGGAGCUGCCAAUGGCAUAGCUAUGUCUGCCAUGUCACUAUUCAAAGCAAUUGGUCCAGCUGGUGGAGGUGCAAUAUUUUCUUGGGCUCAGAAGCGUCGAAAUGCAUCCUUUCUUCCUGGUGCUCAUAUGGUUUUCUUCAUUCUAAAUGUUGUUGAGGUUAUUGCACUGAUAAUGACCUUCAAACCUUUUCUAGCUCUACCUGAUGACAAUAUUUUGUAGCUCGCUUUCAUUGGUUUACACUGUUGCAAAUCAUGGAAGGAUAUCUGAUUUCCUUAUGAUUAUUUGUUAUUUUCCUUUAUUUGUUUGUAGUUUAAUUUUACAGCUUUAAUUUUUUUUUUUUAUUAUUUGGAAGAUUGCUAAUAUUAGUUUUUCCUUAUUCAAAUAUCAGAUUUGUAGGGGAUUAGAGGAAGGCAGAAACUUCCUUAGGUUUAUUUUCCUUGUAUAAAGCAGUGUUCUGAGA